AUGGCCACAUUCCCCCAAACUGGUUUAAUCUGUCGCUCUUUCUUCACAGACCUCCAGCUCAUCCGAUCCCAGGGUGGGGAGAAAUUUAGGACAAAGACACCAUUCAAGCGACAACUUGAACAUGGCCAACCCGAAGAUGAGCGCUGUGUCAGGGUGCCGCAUCCUGAUGUGGCCGUCGAGUAUCAAGCGAGGCAGAGGGAUGUGCUCGCUGGGAGGACGGGGAUGAUGGAGGUUGGGGAGGAGGGGCGGCGGGGAGAGAUUGAUGACGGUUGGGCUGAAGAUUUCGAUUAUGAGAAGUACGGCAUUGAAGUGGCAUUCUAGAGUUGCUGUUCCGUCACCCGUUGUAGUCAUGGGGAUAGAUGACUACUAUUUACCUUGUCGACUAUCCUCUGUAUGUAAGCACUAGCUCUCAUAUAGCAUAGCCUGCAUAGAAGUCAAAUAUCAGCAGACUC